GAAGAGAAAAAAGUUUGAAAACUGAAAAUAGAAUUGCGUUAAAGCAAACUGUGACAGAUUGGUUUUUUAUUCUAUGAAACAAAUUCAUUUCAAAAUCUAAUAUUAUUGCAUUACAUUAGUCGUUUUCAAUUUAAAUUUUAAAAUGAUGACAACCAACAACGAAGAAGACGAGGAAGACAAAAAGAAGAAAAAUAAUAUUUUCCAAAAACUUGUGGAGGAGAGCAUUAAAACGGGAGGAAUGUGGAUUGCAAAUCCAUCAAAAGUAAACCGUGAAGAAAAACGAGAAGACGAUACCGGAACUGCGAAACAUCAUAAAAAUUACUGGAAUAACAAAUUGUGGAAGUGAAUUACAUUGGAUUGUGUGGAAGGAACAUUGAACAGAGAGAAACCAAUUAAUUUUGCUUUGAGAAAAACAUGGCCACAAAAAGUUCCAUUUACCCAAUGAACGUUUUUUC